AUGGCCGGCCUGUGGGGACAGAGCAUUCACCAUGUGGGCCCAAACCCAUCAAUCAGUAGAAGUAACUCAUUGAAUAGCAGCAGCAGCGGCAGUGGGUGCUAUUACAACAGCUACAUGGAGCUGAGCAGCAACAACUACACGAUGAUGGAGAAGAGGCAGCUUUUUCUUAGAAGCUAUCAGUUCAGCAGGAAGAAGAGCCUGACAGAGAGGAUCAAAGGGUCUUUUUGCAAAGCCAAGAAGGUCAUAUGGCUGAGGCUGCGUUCAGCUCGGAAGCUUAGGAAGUUGGUCUGCUUUAGACUCAGAUAUGGACUUGCCUACCGGAGAAGAAGACUCUGCCGUCUCCUGAACAAUUACCACCAUACCCGCAAAUGCAAUAACUCCUACUGUUUCUGGUAG